GAGCCCAGUAUUUUCACAUCUAUAAUAAGAGCCACUUGCUUAUCUACAAACGAAUAUAACGUAAAACGUGGUAUUUCUAGUAAUGUUGCAUAUAUAAAGGUUAAGUGCAUAUCCUGAAUACGUAAACAUAUCGGAUACUGAAUCUUUAACUAGGAUUUAGAUAUUUUUUCAGUGCAAAUCAGUGUCCAUGUUGUGAUCGUGAUAAAAUCUGUUGUGAUAUAAAAUUGGCUGGUGUAGUAUUUGUGAUUGUAUAUCAAAUGAUUACAUAGAGGUCGGGUCGGAUGGUGACAGCCGGAUGGUCGCAUGGGCAGCCUACCGGACCUGACGGAGCGAUCGCGGCCGCACAGCGUCCGGACCGCCGCGCGGACCGUGUCGGACCCGCAUCGCAACCGGACACUCAUCACCAAGGUACCAGCGUGCACGAUAUACAAAAAAGAAUGGCCGUGGAAGAAAUCAAAAGAACCGCUCAAGAUACCUGCCGCUGCCAACCGCAGAAGAGACUCCGCCGCCUCGUCAGUAGGCGCAGCGUCAGUACGCCGCCUCAUUGCCAGGCAGCCGCCAAAGAUUCCCAAACUAAUGGUGACGCGCUUCACCCUCCUCUGCAUAGCCAGUGGUCUAUGCUCCACAGCGCUGCUUCCUUUCACAGCGUUCGCUGGCGCAGAAGCCGGAGCUUUGCCCCUCGCCGUCAUGCACACAGUUGCUGCAAUUGUAGCCCCCUUUUCGCCGCUCAUCUUACAAAAGAUUGGUACAAGAAUUGUUAUAACAGUUGCUCACGUGCUAGUUUGUAUCCUAUUGAUUGCUCAUACAGUAGCGACUCCGUUAUCGAUUUUACUCCCCCUGUACGCUAUUUGCGGUAUAGCGUUGUCCCCUAUGUCUCUAGCUCUGGCGGUAUCCGCGACGUCUCUAGCUCAAGCGGCUGGCGAUGAGGGUCGAAGACGGAUUGCGUUACGAAGAGCUCUUAGAGCGCUUCGAGCAUCCCAAGAUUUGGGACUCGUGUGUGGAUCGCUGCUCCUGGGAGCAGCGCUUAUGAUUUGGCCUGAAAAUCUUCUGUCGCUCCUGGAACUCAGUACGCUACCGGCAAAUUCAUCUUUAACAAAACUGCCUUCUUUGGAGGAUUACUUUUUAGAUGAUGAUUACGAGGAGAAAACAUGUGGCUCAGCCGGAUGUCCAGGCGUCCAGUUUCUGUUUGGUUCGUCUCUCAACGCAGAAGGCCGCAAGGUGCUGGUGGCGGUGUGGGCAGCUCUGUCAUUCGCCGCCGCCUGCCUGGGGCUUUAUGGAGGAGCCUCGACCCCGUCGCCGCCGCCUGACGCCCGCUCCGUCGUCACUGACCCCCGAGCGCUGCUCGGAGCCCCGAUGGGCUUAUUUAUUGGCCUGCAGCAGGGAUUCAUUUAUACUUCUUAUAUUAAGUGGUACGGCAUUUGCGUCGGCGGUUGGAGUGGUGCUUGGCGAGCGUUGUGUGGAGCGGGCGCGCUGCAAACGCUCGCCGCAGCGACGCUCAGCAUGGCGGCAGCGCGCGGGCGACGCGGCGCGCUCGCUGCGGGCGGCGCAGCGGCGCACGCUUCGCUUCUGCUAGCGCUGCUGCGCUGGCGUGCGGCGCGGUCGGAUCUCGCGCUGCCGUCCGUCGCUGCAGCAGCAUGGGGAGCGUGCGCUGCCUUGUGGGAUGUUUUACAGACAGGCAUAUGCGUCGGCGGAGGCGGCUGGCGCGGCCCGUGGUCGGCGACGCUGUCCGCUCGUCACGCUGGGCUCGCUCUUGCUUGCGCUGCCCGAUCCUACCUCUGCGUGCAAACACAAUUAGCCGUGCUGGCGCUCGCGCUCGCUUCGGCGCUCGCUUCCCACGCUGCGCUCGAGCUGCGCUUGCGCCGCGCCGAGCGACAUCGCUCCUAACGACGACAAACCGCGACCUCCCUCCCGCCCGGCGAGGACGUCGCGUCGUAUGUUAUCAGUUAAUAUGGAUACCACCUUAUAAUUUACUACAUUCUCAGACCAAUUACCUUAGGACCUGCCUCGCUAGACGUUACCUACUGUCAGAAGUAGGUAUAUGAUCACGA